AGAGACCAAAAUGAGAGAGAAAAAAAGAUUUCGAUGUGAAUAGCUCUGAAGUGAAACGAAAAAAAAAAAGGAAAAAAAAUAAACAAAAACAAGAAGAAGAAUAAAAGAAAAUGUUUGAUGGUGGAGUACCGGAGCAGAUCCACCGGUUCAUAGCAUCUCCACCGCCAGCUUCUCCGCUUCCGCCUCAUCAAUCGGCCGCGGAAAGAUCACUCCCUUUUCCUAUUUCAUUUGCUUCUUAUAACACCAAUCAUCAAGCUCAGCAUAUUUUGAGCCUUGAUAGCCGUAAGAUCAUUCACCACCAUCAUCAUCAUCAUCACCAUGACAUCAAAGAUGGUGGUCCUACUCCUGCUGAGUGGAUAUGUCACACGGAUCAUGAUGGCGAUAAUCAUCACCAUCAUAAUCAUCAUCAUCCUUGGUGUAGUGAUGAAGUUCUUGCUCUACUUAGGUUCAGAUCUACAGUUGAGAAUUGGUUCCCUGAAUUCACUUGGGAGCACACCUCAAGAAAGUUGGCAGAAGUUGGGUUUAAGAGGAGUCCACAAGAAUGCAAAGAGAAAUUUGAAGACGAAGAGAGGAGAUAUUUCAAUGGUAACAACAACAACAACAACACUAAUGAUCAUCAACACAUCAGCAAUUACAACAACAAGGGAAAUAAUUAUAGGAUAUUUAGUGAGGUUGAAGAGUUUUAUCAACAUGGUCAUGAUGAUGAGCAUGUCUCAUCAGAAGUUGGGGAUAACCAAAACAAGAGGAAUAAUUCCCUAGAAAGAAAAAGAAACGUGGAGGAAACGGUACAAGACUUAAUGGAGGAGGACAAAUUAAGAGAUCAGGAUCAGGGUCAAGUAGAAGAAGCAUCAAUGGGGAAUAAGAUAAACUCCAUUAAUGUAGGCAAAGUCGGAAACGUAGAAGAUGAUGCGAAGUCAUCAUCAUCAUCAAGCUUAAUGAUGAUCAUGAGGGAGAAGAAGAAGAGGAAGAGAAAGAAAGAGAAGGAGAGGUUUGGUGUGUUGAAAGGGUUUUGUGAGGGCCUUGUGAGGAACAUGAUAGCACAACAAGAGGAGAUGCAUAAGAAGCUUCUAGAAGAUAUGGUGAAGACGGAAGAAGAAAAGAUAGCAAGAGAGGAAGAUUGGAAGAAACAAGAGAUGGAGAGGCUCAACAAAGAGGUAGAGAUUAGAAAACAAGAACAAGCCAUGGCUAGUGAUAGAAACACCAACAUCAUCAAGUUCAUAUCCAAGUUCACAGACCAAGAUCUUGAUGUCGAAAUUCCAACAAGCGCUUUUCAUGACCCGUCUUCUUUAGCUCUACCACAAACCCAAGGAAGAAAAAAGUUUCAAACCUCAUCAUCACUAUUACAUCAAACCCUAACUCCACAUAACCCUUUAACCAAUGACAACUCACUUGAACCCACUUCAACUAAAACCCUAAAAACCAAAACCCAAAACCCAAAACCUCCAAAAAGUGAUGAUAAAAGUGAUCUCGGCAAGAGAUGGCCGAAGGAUGAAGUGUUGGCCCUUAUCAACAUCAGACGCAGUAUCAGUAGCAUGAACGAUGAUGAUCAUAAAGAUGGGAACUCAUUAUCAUCAUCCUCAAAAGCUGUUCCAUUAUGGGAAAGAAUAUCCAAGAAAAUGUUGGAGGUUGGGUACAAGAGAAGUGCCAAGAGAUGCAAAGAGAAAUGGGAAAACAUCAACAAGUAUUUUAGGAAGACAAAAGAUGUUAACAAGAAGAGACCACUUGACUCGAGGACUUGUCCUUAUUUUCACCAACUCACAGCUAUGUACAGCCAACCCUCCACCGGGACCACCAUCACAGCCACCGCCACGUCAGCCGGAGAUCUACAAACCCGACCCGAGGUUGGGUCCGAAGAUCCUGAUAUUCCUGCACCCAUGCAUGUAGAUGCAGAUGGUGCCGGCGAUAAAAGCAAUGUUCCGUUUUCAGGUUUCGAUCUUGAGUUCUAAUAAAUAAAUAAAUAAAUUAUAGAUAUAUAUAUAUAUAUAAUAUCAUCUGUUUAUUCUCUUUUUCUGAUUUUCUUUUUGUUGCUAAAACCUCAUUUUUGUUGAAAAAAUAAUAUAUAUGAAUAGUGUCAUUUAGUGUUUUACGGAUUAAAGGGAAACGUAUGUUGGGGA